CAAAAAAAUAAUAAUUUUUUCAAAACUAGUAAAAAUAUUAAUUUACUUAUUUUAUCGAUCAUUUAAAAUUGUUAAUAUAAUUGAAAAAGUUUUUUGAUUGUGGGAGAGUUUGAGAUCUAUUCAACGAUGAAUCCUUAUCCAACAGGACAACAGCAAUCUAUGCCACCACAACAACAACAGUGGCAACCAACGACAAACAUUAAUCAACAAAUGGCAAAUAUGAAUUUAGGGCCGCAAAAACCACCACAACAGUUUCAACCUCAGCCAUUAAUUAAUAACAAUAAUCCAUCCCAAAAUAUGAUGCUGCCACCAACAUCAAUUAACAAUAAUAACCAAUUUCCUCAACCACCAAUUAAUGGACUUCAAAAUGGCUCUCAAAUGCCUCCAAUGGCUAAUAAACCACCAUCGACACAAUUUCCUUCAUCAAAUUUACCGCCACAAAACACUUUUCAGGCACCACAAACUCAGCAAUUACCACCAUCAUCUGUUCCUCAAACAAUGCAGCAACAAUUACCCAAUCAACAAGGUCAAAGACCACCAAUUCCGGGCUUGGAAUCAUCAAAUCCCAUGCAGAACAUCCAGAAUGGUCAAAUGCAAGAUGUAGCACAUCCUCAAAUGCCUCCAUUAAAUAAAACUCCACAACCAAUUCAACAACAAACUCCACAAAUGCCACCAGUAAAUCAAUUUCCACAAAAUGUCCCAUUUGUGAAUCAAGCGACAGCUCCUUUGAGCAAUAUGCAGCCACAACAACAGCAGAAUCAAUUUCCUGGCAUGCCUCCAAUGCCACAGCAGCCACAACAACAAUUUCAAGGCAUGCCACCUAUGUCAAAUCAAUCACAACAACCUUUUAUGCAGCAAAGAUCGAUGCCACCAAUGCCAGGACAACAGCCUAUGGUUAAUCAACAACCCAAUAUGUCUGGACAGCCUCCUAUGCCUGGUCAACAGCCUCAUAUGCCUGGUCAACAGCCUCAUAUGCCUGGUCAACAGCCUCCUAUGCCUGGACAGCCUCCUAUGUCUGGUCAACAGCUUCCAAUGCCUGGACAAUUUAAUCAACAAUAUUCGCAGCCUCAAAUGCAGUUUCCAGGAAUGCCAGCACAGCCUCCAUUUCAAUCACCCGGAGCAAAUAGGAAUAUUAAUCAGCCUCCACAAAUGGGCUAUCAACAACAACAACAGCCUGGAUAUCCAACAAGUCCAAUGCAAGCUGCAGCUCCUCAAAAACGUUUAGAUCCAGAUCAAAUGCCUAAUCCAAUUCAAGUAAUGGCUGAAAAUCAGCGAGCAUGUGGAGGUGUCUUUUCGACAUUACAAAUUGGACAAGUUCCUCCUUUAGUGACGACACAAUUCAUUUCACAAGAUCAAGGAAAUUCUGGACCUAGAUUUAUGCGAUCAACAUUGUAUAACAUUCCGGCAAAUACGGACAUGAUGAAACAGAGUGCAAUUCCUUUCGCAUUAAUUAUUAGUCCAUUCGCAAAAGCUGUCGAACAAGAAAUGGCACCGCCAAUUGUUGAUUUUGGUGAAAUUGGACCAAUAAGAUGCGUUCGCUGUAAAGCUUAUAUGAGUCCCUACAUGCAAUUUGUCGAUGCUGGAAGAAGAUUUCAAUGUCUAUUGUGUAAAGCAACAACGGAAGUUCCAGCUGAAUAUUUUCAACAUUUGGAUCAUACAGGUCAGCGUGUAGAUAAAUAUGAACGUCCUGAACUGGUUUUGGGAACUUAUGAAUUUGUUGCAACAAAGGACUAUUGUAGAAAUAAUACUCUACCAAAACCUCCAGCAAUGAUUUUUGUAAUUGAUGUUUCAUACAAUAAUGUAAAAUCCGGUUUAGUUCACCUUUUAUGCUCACAAAUGAAGCGAAUAAUCAAAAAUUUACCCGUCGAUCAGGGCCAGACGAAGUCGAAAAUGCGUGUCGGGUUUAUUACUUAUGAUAAAUCAGUUCAUUUCUAUAAUAUUAAAAGCACAUUAGCUCAACCACAACAGCUUGUUGUUGGCGAUAUUCAUGAAAUGUUUAUGCCAUUAUUAGAUGGAUUUUUGGCAGAUCCAGACGAAUCGGAGGAUGUAAUUGAUCAAUUAAUGGAACAGAUUCCUAAAAUGUACGGAGAAACUCGUGAAACAGAAACUAUCUUAAUGCCAGCAAUUCAAGCCGGUUUGGAAGCUUUAAAAGCUUCAGAAUGUGCUGGAAAAUUACUCGUGUUUCACUCAACAUUGCCUAUUGCUGACGCUCCAGGCCAACUUAAAAAUCGUGACGAUAGAAAAUUGUUAGGAACUGAAAAGGAAAGAACUGUAUUGACACCACAAAAUAAUAUUUAUAAUAAUUUGGGUCAAGAUUGCUGUCAUGCAGGAUGUACAGUCGAUUUAUUCUUAUUCAAUAAUGCAUAUAUCGAUUUAGCAACAAUUGGGCAAGUCUCGAGAUUAACGGGAGGAGAAGUUUAUAAAUAUACAUAUUUCCAAUCGGAUAUUGAUGGCGAGAGAUUAGUUGCUGAUAUCUGCAAAAAUGUCAAUCGACCAGUGGCUUUUGAUACUGUUAUGAGAGUAAGAACAUCGACAGGAACCAGACCAACAGAUUUUUAUGGUCACUUCUUCAUGUCAAAUACAACUGACAUGGAAAUUGCAGGAAUUGAUUGUGACAAGUCAGUUGCUGUAGAAAUAAGACAUGACGAUAAGCUGCCACCAGAAGAUAAUGUUUAUGUUCAAGUUGCAUUACUUUAUACAUCUUGCGGAGGACAGAGGAGACUACGUAUAUUAAAUCUUGCAUUGAAGACAUGCACACAAUUAGCUGAUUUAUUCAGAAGUUGCGAUCUUGACACACUAACUCUGUUCCUUGCCAAGCAAGGAAUCUCUCGAUUAUUAGAGCACUCACCGAAAGUCUUUAGAGAUAAUAUAGUGAAUCGUGCUGCACAAAUUCUUGCAUGUUAUAGAAAACAUUGUGCAUCACCAACUUCAGCUGGUCAAUUAAUUUUACCAGAAUGUUUGAAACUAUUACCACUUUAUAUUUCGUGUUUGUUGAAGAAUGAUGCAUUUUCUGGUGGUUCAGACAUUACACUCGACGAUCGCUCAUACGCAAUGUAUUUUGUCUGUACGAUGGAUUUGCCAACUUCUGUUAUAUUCUUUUAUCCACGUUUAAUACCUAUUCAUAAUGUUGUCGCAGAAGAAAAUACAAUUCCUGCAGCUAUCCGUUGUACGAUUGACAAAAUGUCUGAUGAUGGUGCUUAUAUUUUAGAUAAUGGAGUGUACAUGUUCUUGUGGCUUGGAAUUGGACUUUCGACAGAAUUUACGCAAUCUGUGUUUGGUGCACAAUGCACACAACAAAUUGACACAGAAAGAAGUGGAUUGCCUGUGUUUGACAAUCCAUUGUCGAAGAGAAUACGUGGCAUUGUUGAGACAAUACAAAAGGAAAGAACACGGUGCAUGAGAAUUGCACUCGUUCGUCAGAGAGAUAAGCUUGAAUCGGUUUUGCGACACUUUUUGAUUGAGGAUCGUGGAACGAAUGGCUCGGACAGUUAUGUAGACUUCCUGUGUUUCAUGCAUAAAGAAAUUAGGUCACUUUUAAGCUAGUAUGAUUUACAGAAGGAGUGUCAAAAAUAUGUUAAAAAUUCUUAUUCCAAGUAUGAUGAUGAUUGUCGCAGUUAUUCACAAAUGAGAACUAAAAAUAUGCGAUAUCGAAAAUUAAUUGGGAAAUGGUAACAAAUAAGUUAUGCUUUAUAUUAUUAUUAUUACUUUUUCUUCAAAAUUUAUGCUAUUACAAUAAUUGAUAUAUUUUAUAUUAAUGUUUAAGUAUUUUUUUUUUCUCCUUAUGAUUAUUAUUAUUUUUGAUGAUCCUUUAUAUUGCAUACUGAUAAAGUUUUUAAUGAAAUUAACAAAUAUUUUUGACAGUUUGUAACUGUAAAGAUUUCGGCAAAUUUAUUUUCGUUUUAAAAUGCGAAUUAAAAAAUUAUAUGAAUAUCAAACUUUAUUUUAAUUCUAUUUAUAAUGAACAUUUAAUAAUUUUACAUCAACAACAGCAAAACAACAUAUAAU